UGUAAUCCUACUCCAACAGAGACACGCAAACAGCUUUACAGUUCUCUGAUCAUCUAACUGCAGAACAGCCUAUCUUCUUUUCCAGGAUACUCAUAGGGUGGUUUACAGUAAGGAUGGCAAGCACCUUCUCUAGAAUGCUGAUGGGCCGCAAGACAGCCAUGCUUCUGGCCAGCCUUGGAACUGGUGCUCUGGCCUCUGGUUACCUAAUGAGUGAUGUCAACCAUGCUGCAGUUAUUGAUAGGACAAAAAUCUUUCCUCCCAGCUCUGACUAUCCAGACCUUCGCAAGCAUAACAACUGCAUGGCUUCUCAUUUGACCCCUGCCAUAUACUGCAGACUGAGGGACAAGCUCACACCCAGUGGCUGGAGUCUGGACCAAUGCAUCCAAACAGGAGUGGAUAACCCAGGACACCCAUUUAUCAAAACUGUUGGCAUGGUUGCCGGUGAUGAAGAAUCUUAUGAGAUCUUUUCUGACAUUUUUGACCCUGUGAUAAAAGAAAGACACAAUGGUUAUGAUCCUCGAACCAUGAAACAUCACACUGAUCUGGACAGUUCAAAGGUAACCCAUGGGCAAUUUGACGAGCGCUAUGUGCUAUCUUCAAGAGUGCGCACUGGCCGCAGUAUUCGUGGCUUAAGUCUGCCACCAGCCUGCACUCGGGCUGAAAGAAGAGAAGUGGAGCGAGUUGCCACCAUGGCUCUCUCUGGACUUAAGGGUGACUUGGCUGGCCGCUAUUACAGACUAACUGAAAUGGCUGAGCAGGAGCAGCAGCGUCUUAUUGAUGAUCACUUCUUGUUUGAUAAGCCAGUUUCGCCUUUAUUGACAUGUGCAGGGAUGGCACGCGAUUGGCCAGAUGCCAGAGGAAUCUGGCACAACUUUGAUAAAACCUUCCUGAUUUGGAUCAAUGAAGAGGACCACACACGGGUAAUCUCAAUGGAGAAAGGUGGAAACAUGAAGAGAGUCUUUGAAAGAUUCUGCCGUGGAUUAAAAGAGGUUGAACGGCUGAUUCAGGAAAGAGGCUGGGAAUUCAUGUGGAAUGAGAGGCUGGGAUACAUUCUGACCUGCCCUUCUAAUCUUGGAACAGGACUACGUGCGGGUGUGCAUGUCAGGCUCCCCCAGCUCAGUAAAGAUCCUCGCUUCAACAAGAUUCUGGAUAACUUGAGACUUCAAAAAAGGGGUACUGGUGGUGUUGACACUGCUGCUGUAGGGGAUGUGUUUGAUAUUUCCAAUUUGGACCGCAUUGGCCGUUCUGAGGUGGAACUUGUGCAGUUAGUCAUUGAUGGAGUUAACUAUCUGAUUGACUGUGAGAAGAGACUUGAGAAAGGUCAGGACAUUAAAGUUCCUCCUCCUGUCUCCCAGUUCAGAAAAUAAGCUACAACUGUGUGCCAAGGAAUCACACAGUCUUCCCAAGCAUCUUUGGCAAAGCGGAAGGUCUUAAACUUUACAGUAUGUAUAACAGUAUAGUGUAAUAAUAAAAACAAAUGAAACUUA